AUGUUGGCACUUGCGAUCAGCUUUCUCGCUGUGGGGGCGAUAGCUCGUGCGGUUCCUACAUCAAAAUCGGCACCUACAGUCAAGGUUCUUAAUGGAACGUAUGUGGGGACACACAACACGCAUUACAACCAAGAUUACUUCUUGGGUAUGCCCUAUGCCCAACAGCCGGUGGGUAAUUUACGUUUCACCAUUCCGCAACCAUUGAACGAGAGCUGGAAGGGAACACGCGAGGCAACCGAAUUCUCGGAUAUUUGUGUCGGAUAUGGGACGGACUCGAUCUGGUAUUCCCAGUCCGAAGCUUGUCUCACCAUCAAUGUAAUCCGAAGCUCGUCUGUAAAGGAUGACUCUAAGCUUCCCGUUGCGGUCUGGAUUCAUGGCGGCGGGUUCUACAUGGGAUCUGGAUCGGACCAGCGGUAUAACAUGUCGAGAAUCCUGGAGAACUCGUACAGCAUCGGGAAACCUUUUAUCGCCGUCACGCUGAACUACAGACUCUCAGCCUGGGGCUGGAUAAGUUCAAGCCAGGUCUGGGGCAGCGGAAACACAAACCUCGGAUUGCGAGACCAGAGACUAGCCCUACAAUGGGUCCAGGAGAACAUCGCUGCGUUCGGUGGUGAUCCUACGAAAGUAACUAUCUGGGGUGAGUCUGCGGGCGCCAUGUCCGUCGGAUACCAUCUCACAGCGUAUGGUGGACGAGACGACAAGCUCUUUCGGGCUGGGAUUAUGGAAUCUGGUGGUUCCAUCGCAGCCAAUCCGUCAAACUAUACUGGAUUCCAAUCCACCUAUGACGAGCUCGUAUCUCAGGUGAAUUGUACGGGUACGGUCGACACGUUGCAGUGCCUGCGCGAGGUUCCUUUUGCUACUCUCAACGCUGUUCUGAAUGGGACUGGUGGGUCCUCCGAGUAUAAUUUCUGGCCGGUGGUGGAUGGUGAUUUGAUUCGGAACUGGGGUAGUGUGCACUUGAAUAAGCAUGAAUUUGUCAAGGUUCCGAUUCUUGCGGGUAGUAACACAGACGAGGGGACUGCGUUUGGUCCUACAGGCAUAAACACUACGCAGCAGUGGUAUGAUUAUCUGACCGAUGGAGGCUUCGAUUUCCAAACGCCACCAUCCGUUGCUAAUGAAAUCCUAAACCUCUAUCCUGACGUCCCGUCGCUAGGAAUCCCCGCGUUCCUGGGUAACGAGCGAGUCCCAUCUAUGGGCUGGGAAUGGCGGCGAACCAGUGCCUUCGCAGGCGAUUUCACCAUGCACGCGAACCGGCGCCGACAAUGCGAAGCCUGGGCGGAGACCUCUACCUCUGCAUACUGCUACCGAUUCAACGUACACGCCGCGGACACAUCGCUCAUUGUCGGAGCGACUCAUUUCGAAGAAGUGGCGUUUGUAUUCAACAACGUCGACGGACUAGGAUAUCAUUACGGGAAACCGUUUGCCGGGGUUCCACAGUCGUAUUAUGAUCUUAGUUUGGUGAUGACGAGUAUGUGGGCCUCGUUCAUCCACGAUCUGGACCCGAAUCCAGGAAACGUGAAUGCCUCUGUUCAUUGGAAUGCAUAUUCGGAUAGCCCGGUUGACCUUUUCUUCGACGCGAAUACGACUAGUCAUAUGGAGGCUGAUACAUGGCGCAAGGAACCUAUUGAUUAUCUCAAUUCGGUGGCCGAGGCUUUCUGGCGAUAG